CUGUAUAGUAUCUAUUAUUAAUAUCUAUUAUAGUAUCUAGUAAUUUUAUUUUUUAACAAAAUUCUUACUGCGAGAUGUUCGGCUUCGGAGGGUGCGGAUUCGGGGGACCCCAGGGCUUCAGUAGUCCUCAAGGCUUUGGAGGCGGUUUUAGCGGACAGAGCUUUGGUCAAGGAUUCGGCCAGGGCAUGCAAGGCGGAUUCGGUCAAGGCCAAAGCGGGUUUAGGCCCGGGAUGCAACAAGCCGGGUUUGGCGCUGCAGGGUACGGCGGCAGUAGCGGCGGUGGGCAGGCAAGCUUCGGAGGCAAUCAAGGCAUGUACGGCGGAAAUAUGCAAAAUGGUUUGCAAGCUUCGCGACAAGGCCAAGGACAAAGUCAAAGCGGCUACAGCCAGCAGGCCAGCUACGGUGGUGGCCAGGCCGGCUACGGGAGCAGCUACCAAAGCGGAUACGGUCAAUAGUCCUGUCCUGUCCAUUGUGCAAUAUAACUUUACUAUAAGUGUAACAAGUUUGUGAUUAAAAGUCAGCGUUAUUUGCGUUAUAGUCAGGUCUUUUGAAAUAAAACGUAUUAGUGAGUUA